UUGUAUGUCCAAUAUGUAAUAAAGGAUUCACACAACUAGCCAACCUUCAACGACAUGAUCUCGUUCACAAUGGACUGAAACCGUUCAAGUGUCCCAUUUGCGAAAAGUGUUUCACACAACAAGCAAACAUGCUGAAACAUCAACUACUUCAUACGGGGCUUAAACCAUACAAAUGUCCAGUGUGCCAGAAAGCGUUUUCGCAGCACGCAAACAUGGUCAAACAUCAAAUGCUUCACACAGGACUGAAGCCCUACAAGUGUCCAGUAUGCGAAAAGGCUUUCACUCAACAUGCCAAUAUGAUCAAACAUCAAAUGCUACAUACCGGACUUAAGCCAUACAAAUGUCCAGUAUGUGACAAAGCCUUUACCCAACAGGCCAACAUGGUCAAACAUCAAAUGUUACACACCGGCGAGAAACCGUACAAAUGUUCCACCUGCGACAAGGCCUUCGCCCAGCAGGCCAACAUGGUCAAACACGAGAUGCUUCAUACCGGUAUUAAGCCGUACAAAUGUCCAACUUGUGAUAAGGCAUUUGCACAGCACGCAAACAUGAUGAAACAUCAGAUGCUGCACACCGGAUUGAAACCGUACAAGUGUGGCACUUGCGAUAAGGCGUUCGCACAACAAGCCAACAUGGUUAAACAUCAGAUGCUGCACACCGGUUUAAAACCAUACAAAUGCAAUACCUGCGACAAAGCAUUCGCCCAGCAGGCCAACAUGGUCAAACACGAGAUGCUUCAUACGGGAAUUAAACCGUACAAGUGUUCGGUGUGCGAAAAAGCCUUCGCCCAGCACGCGAACAUGGUCAAACAUCAGAUGCUUCACAGCGGGAUCAAACCGUACAAAUGUCCCACCUGCGACAAAGCGUUCGCCCAGCAGGCCAAUAUGGUUAAGCAUCAGAUGCUCCAUACGGGAGAAAAACCAUUCAAAUGCAACAGCUGUGAUAAGGCUUUCUCGCAACGUGCCAAUCUGAAGAAGCAUGAGAUGGUGCACCUGGGUAUCCGGCCGCACACGUGUCCACUCUGCACCAAGUCCUACUCGCAGUAUUCCAACCUCAAGAAGCACCUGCUCAUGCACCAGAAGCAGGCACUGAAGCAGGAGCAACAAAAUGGUCAAGUGACGGUCGUACUGUACAAUUGCCAAACCUGUAAGAUGCAGUUCGAGGACAUUAUCGAGUUUGUGCGCCACACAAAACAAUGUGAUAUGAAUAACACCGUUCAGCACAGUGUGAAACUGGAGAGCAUCAAGAGCGAGGUCGACAUCGACGGUAGCUCCAAUUCUGGCCUCCAGCAGCAACAGCAACAACAGCAGCAGCAUAUUAUCGCCAACGGUGGUGUUGUAGCGCUAAACGUUAGCCAGCAACAGUUACUAGCCCCUUCACCAGCCCCACCGGCACCAGUCACCAGUCAAAUGCAUCUUCCGUCGGCCAUUCUAACAUCGGUCAUUUCAUCAUCGAUCGGUUCGAACGUAACCGCACACUCGCUGGCGAACUCGGUUCACGCAGCCCACGCCGCUAGUCACGUGACCGCCAACGGUGGUAUUCUCAUUGCGGGCGGAUUGCCCACUGUCCAUCCGCACGCCCAGCAACAGCACACUCCGCCCGGUGCGACACAACAGCAGCAACAGCAUUUGGUGCUCCAGCAACAGCACAACCUGCCGAUCCACCUGCAGCAGCAGCUUUCGCAUCAUCUGAUCACCACUCAUCUGCCGCACCACCCGGGCCAGGAGCAUGCCGGGGCGGCGGCCGUCGAUCUGCACCACCAGGUCAACUUCCACCAUCCGCACAUCACACACCUGCCGAAUCUGUCGCACAAAAUCCUGUCGCCGCUGUUCCACAUUCCGACGUUCAACAACAACCACAGCACAUAA